CGAGGAAAGAAGAACAACCCAAAGUCUGCACUUGAAGCUCGUGACCGCAAGUAUCUUUCACUCUUUAUUGCAACAGCAGCAUGCCGGCGCAUUCCGUGGGAUGACUUCUUUGGCAACAAUGCAAAAAUGCCUUUCUUUGUCCGACCUGGGAACGCGCGCUGUUGCGACAACUGCCAGCCUGAGGAUUUCCCCGUUGAAACCUGGCAUGACAAAACCAUUCAAAUAUCAUAUCCCUAUCCAACUCGUGCUCCUCGUACAACACGACCUUCUGAGGAACUUGCUGCUGAAGUAACUGCUGCAUUGCGCCGCUGGCGUUCUGAAGCAGUUCGUGUCUACUAUCCUGACCAAGUCUUGAUUUUAGCUCGCUAUCUUCUACCUAUUUUGACCCAGGUCUUACAUCUUCUUGAUGACGAGGUCAUAGAAAAGAUUGCCGCUCGACCACGAAUAGUAACGGCAGUUGACAUCUUCCAAUAUAUCAUUCCAUGGAGGCUUGGUGUUGAGCGGUAUAGUGUUGAGGUGGUGCAAAUUGUCUCAGGUAUCUGCUCGCUUCAUCCUGACCCUGUGCAACUGGCUCGCAAGGAACGAAAGCAUGAAGACUUGGUGAAGGCUGCCCACAAAGAGUACCGUGAAGCUCUUGAACAAGCUUUUCGAGAGUGUUAUAAUGCUGUUCAUGAUGUACGAACUGGUCGAACAGUCAAAAAGGGGCCUCGAAACAAUCAACAUUUUGAAGAAGAG